AUGGAUAAACGAGGAAAGCGUCAUCAUUCUUCUUCUGAUUCAGAUAGUAUCGAAGAAAGUCGUUUAAAAGAUAUAAAAGAGCGUGAUGAGUUUGCGACAAGGUUACGAAAACGUGAUGAAGAAAAAGUUAAAAAAGUUGUGGAAGGAACCAGCAAAAGAUCUUAUGAAGAAGCUGCAAAAAGAUUAAGACUAGAAGCAGAGGAUCGUGAUAAAGUUUUACCUAAACUUCGAAUCCAAUCAAGACGCAAAUAUUUACAAAAACGAAAAGAUGAUAAGGUUGUCGAACUGGAAGAUGAUAUAGCUGAUGAUGAAUAUCUCUUUGAUGAGAGCAUAUUAACUGAACGUGAAAAGAAAGAAAGAGAGCAUAAAAAAACAUUAUUACAACUUGCUAAAGAACAUGAGAAGGCAAGAGAACUUGAAAAUGUUCAAAGAUAUCAUAUGCCACGAGACCUUGGAAAAGGUGAAAGAGGAGAUUAUGUAGAAGUAGAUGAAAAUGAAAAAUUACCACAUUCAGAACAAAGAAAAUGGGAGCAAGAGCAAAUAAAAUCUGCAUUUUUUAAAUUCGGUGCAAAAGAUGCUAAAGCUCAUGAUGAGUAUGAACUACUAUUAGAUGAACAAAUAGACUUUAUACAAGCAUUACAAUUAGAAGGAAACAAGGAAAAGAAAGAAGAAGAAAAUAUAUCAGAGUACCAAAAAAUACGAAUGACAAUUGAAGAAACAAAGAAAUCUCUACCUGUUUUUCCUUUUAGAGAAUCUUUAAUCGAAGCUAUAAAAAAUUAUCAAAUAUUAAUCGUUGAAGGAGAGACUGGUUCUGGUAAAACCACACAAAUACCCCAGUAUUUAUAUGAAGCAGGAUUUACAGAAGAUGGUAAAAAGAUUGGUUGCACACAACCGAGAAGAGUUGCAGCAAUGUCAGUAGCAGCCAGAGUGGCACAAGAAAUGAAUGUCAAAUUGGGUAAUGAAGUAGGUUACAGUAUAAGAUUUGAAGAUUGCACAUCUGAUAGGACUGUUAUAAAAUAUAUGACUGAUGGUACAUUACACCGGGAAUUUUUGUCUGAACCAGAUUUAGCAUCAUACAGUGUAAUGAUUAUUGAUGAAGCACAUGAACGUACACUGCAUACAGAUAUAUUAUUUGGACUUGUCAAAGACAUCACCAGGUUUAGACCAGAUUUAAAGUUACUCAUUUCCAGUGCCACAUUAGAUGCUGAAAAAUUUUCUACCUUUUUUGAUGAUGCACCAAUAUUUAGAAUUCCUGGUAGGAGAUUCCCUGUUGAUAUAUAUUAUACAAAAGCACCAGAAGCAGAUUAUAUUGAUGCUUGUGUGGUAACUGUAUUGCAAAUUCAUGCCACUCAACCUCUUGGUGAUGUAUUAGUAUUUUUAACAGGACAGGAAGAAAUUGAAACUUGUGUAGAAAUGUUACAAGAGAGGACAAAAAGAAUAGGAAAAAAAUUAAAAGAGCUUUUAAUUUUACCAGUUUAUGCUAAUUUGCCAACUGAUAUGCAAGCUAAAAUUUUUGAACCUACUCCUGAAGGAGCCCGAAAGGUAGUACUUGCAACCAACAUUGCUGAAACAUCAUUAACAAUUGAUAAUAUUAUAUAUGUUAUUGAUCCAGGGUUUGCAAAACAAAAUAACUUUAACUCCAAAACUGGUAUGGAAAGUCUAAUGGUGGUCCCAAUUUCCAAAGCAUCAGCUAACCAAAGAGCCGGAAGAGCUGGAAGAGUUGCUCCUGGAAAAUGUUUUAGACUAUACACAGCUUGGGCUUAUAAAUAUGAAUUAGAAGAUAACACUGUUCCUGAAAUUCAACGUAUAAAUUUAGGAAAUGCUGUACUCACAUUAAAGGCAUUGGGAAUCAAUGAUUUAAUCCACUUUGAUUUCCUGGAUCCUCCACCACAUGAAACAUUAGUUUUAGCAUUAGAACAAUUGUAUGCCCUAGGUGCACUUAACCAUCAUGGGGAACUAACAAAGGCUGGUAGACGUAUGGCAGAAUUUCCUACUGACCCUAUGCUAGCUAAAAUGUUACUAGCAAGUGAAAAAUAUAAAUGUUCAGAGGAAGUAGUAACAAUAGCUGCAAUGCUGUCAGUCAAUAGCUCUGUAUUUUAUAGACCAAAAGAUAAAAUAAUACAUGCAGAUACAGCAAGAAAAAACUUUUUCCAUAGAUAUGGGGAUCAUUUAACCUUGAUGAAUGUUUAUAAUCAAUGGGCGGACUCAGAUUAUUCAGUACAAUGGUGUUAUGAAAAUUUUAUUCAGUAUAGAUCUAUGAAGAGAGCACGUGAUGUGCGUGAACAGCUUGUAGGACUUAUGGAAAGAGUAGAAAUAGAAAUGAUGUCAAGCAUAGCAGAUGAUGCUAAUAUUCGUAAAGCUAUAACCUCUGGCUAUUUUUAUCACAUUGCUAAGUUCUCUAAAGGAGGUCAUUAUAAAACUGUAAAACACAACCAAACUGUCAUGAUUCAUCCCAAUAGUGCAUUAUUUGAAGAAUUGCCUAGAUGGGUAAUAUAUCAUGAGCUUGUUUUCACUUCUAAAGAAUUCAUGCGACAAGUUACAGAGAUUGAAAGUAAAUGGCUUUUAGAAGUUGCUCCACACUACUAUAAGGCUAAAGAGUUAGAAGAUUCUACAAAUAAAAAGAUGCCUAAAACACUUGGAAAAUCAGCUAAUAAUACU